CAUAAAUACACAGUCAGUCACGACAUCCACUCCUUGUUCCUCAACCCCCACCAUCCCUGCCUGAACUUCAUCCUCCUUUCUCGCCCACCUCUAUCCUCUCACCAAUGUCUGGCAAAGUCAGUGGCAAAUCCAAGUCCGGCAAGGCGGCUGGCGCCAGCAGCGAUUCCAAAGCCCAGUCGCGUUCCUCGAAAGCCGGCCUCCAAUUCCCAGUCGGUCGUAUCCACCGUCUCCUCAAGAAGGGCAACUACGCUCAGCGUGUCGGUGCUGGUGCUCCUGUGUACCUCGCCGCGGUCCUUGAAUACCUUGCUGCGGAGAUUCUUGAGCUCGCUGGCAACGCUGCUCGCGACAACAAGAAGCACCGUAUUGUUCCUCGUCACCUUCAGCUUGCCAUCCGGAACGAUGAAGAGUUGGGCAAGUUGCUCGGUUCCGUCGUCAUCUCCCAGGGAGGUGUUGUUCCCCAUAUCGACCCUUCUCUAUUGCCCACGGCCACAAAAAAGGGCAAGGGCGUAGCAAGCCAGGAACUUUGAGCUUGCGUCAUGUUCCAUUUUGUUUCAGUGUAUCAAUGUAUCAUCAAAUUAUCAUUAUAACUACAUGCAAUACCAGCCUAGGUCCUCAGUCAACAAUCCACUUUUGAAUUGUUAUCAGCAUGUUCAAACAAACAGGUCAUCACAGACUCGCAGGGGCUUCGCCGCCAUUCCUGCCUCCACUACAUAUCCCCCAUCGCCCAUCCUUGCACAUGUGGCUUAGGCGUACAAAGUCUUUGUCUGUCUUUGCCCAUUUACGCCUCUCUCGACAGCCCUCCCUAAUAUGCAAACACCUCCUUGUUACCGAGAGUCGUUCUCAGCUGUAAUCCUCGGAUCAGCAUCGACUUCCUUUUUGCGUGCCAUGGAACGUCCACUAGGCCAAGUGCUGUUGAGAUCAAGUGCUGUUGAGCCCGAUUCGUGGCAUCUAGGCUGGCAACGACCUCGUGUUAGCCUGAGAUCUAGCGGCCAUUCUAAGCCAUGUACGGUGGAUCCCAAUGGUAUUUCGCUAAUCCGUAUAUUGACGAAGGAUCAGUAGCAACGAUUGUUGACGAUAGGGCAGCCACGACCGUGGGGUACCAGCCGGUUAUGUGACUCCAAAUGGUUCACCAUGGGAGCAGAGCCAGCACAGCCCAUGGCCUCAAGCGUCGCCACUCAGGAUGGGAUGGGCACCUAGAGGUUAUCCAUACACUCCAUACACUGAUCCUAUGGUGCGGGAGGAUCUGUACCCGACUCCAAUGGACUUCGUGAGACCCGAAAUUACACCCCAACAGUAUCAACACGCGCUCAGGCUGGCGUCGGCACCACCCGCACCCGCACCCGCACCUUCUACUCCUUCGUGGGGUGUUCAACAUCCGCCGUUAUAUCAUCGUUCGCACUCGCCGUGGAUUGCUCCAGCCACCUCGUCGAUGAACGAGCCUGUCGUGAUUUCAAGAUCCUAUCCGUAUCACGCCAAAAAUCUGUCACCCAUACCUCCCGACUGGCGGGAUGAUUUUGGUAAGGAUGAGAUGAAAGGGUGGCUGAAGCGACGAGCAUCAAGAAGCAGGCUGGAUCAACAUCUGGAGCCCAGCGAGCUAAAUUAUAUGAUCAACAUGACUCCUUCCAACAAGUUCAAGCAUGGGUUGGUCGCACUCGAUUUGCGUGACAGCGGCAACCCUCCUGCUGUUGACUUCUUGCAACAUGGCCUAUCCACCGAGUUCGCUAUGCAGCAACUGGCCACAACCUUCCCUGUGAACCAUCUUCGAUUCUACCAUGUCAAACUUCCAUGGUACAUCGACGUCUGGGCCCAGCAGAGCCAUGGUAUUACCAUCAACGAUGUCCUCUCCCAGCUCAUGCGGCACCUACACCAAUGCGUCAGGCUGGAAGACUUCUAUAACUCUGCUUUGGAUUCGAACAAACGGGAGGACAUGUCGGACAGCUAUCGUGCACGAUGCGGGGAUGAUAUCUCUCUCUUGCAGCAUGGACUGCUGCGCGUCGAUUUUUUAGGCGACGAUUGCAUCUUACAAGGUUUUCAGCGUGGUAAGAAUGGAAUGUGGGUCAUCAAGACAACUACGUAUUAGUCCUGAGCAUCUUCGCCUCGCACACUUGAGACAAUUAUGUUUACACUGUUGUAUGUACGAAGUUAUUUCGAGGUCGCUCGCGUAUUCUUGGAAAUCUAUCACCUGUAGAUCAGGGGCGCAAGUUGUGGGUCAUGCAUGCCGCCCUGAUCGCAAACGGCGAGACCAUUCUGGUCCUCACCCACUUCCAUGGCUACUCUAACGAGAGAGGCCCCCACUCGACAGGCAACCGCAUCCUCCCCAUUGACCUCAUCCAUUCCUUCUCCCUUUCCCCGCGACUUGCUCCUGCAUGAAUCGACAGAAAAUAGUACCUCUGAGGAAGAGGCAGGGCCAUCUCGUACGUUGCCUGCUCUCGAGUCAAGCUCGGCCGUAGCCAUGCAAGAACUUCUACCAUCUAUCGCCGACGUCGAGAAGACUUGUAUAAUGACCCUCAACGACCUGCUCUCGGGAAAGUCGAGGUGGAAUCCCAUCGUUCCUGACCGCAGACACUCUAUGCCCUCUGCGACAGCCUCCUCUACCCCACAAUCGGAAUACUUAUCUUCUUCCGCCCUCCAGACACUCGUUUCCAACCUGCGCGGCCGAGAUCCCCCUGACAUCAUGGUGGAAGUACGAGGCAGUGGAGAGCCUGCGAAUCUCUUGCACGAACUGCGGACUAGAAUUGAAGAGAUGUCACACGAGCUCAGCCCGUCGGAUUCUCACCUCGCAGAGGCGAUCGUCUCCCUGCUGUCCCACUUCCACCGACUGUCAGCCAUCUCUUCCUCCGAUCCGAACGUGCGACAGACGGCCCUCGAGGGAGAAGCACCUCUCUAUCCCCCAGGAGAUCUUUUCGACACGCUCAAGCGGCAACUCAGUGACUUACGCAGCGAACGGCAAACCUCUCAGUCUGGGACUGUACCUCCAAACACACCGCCUGUAUUUGCUGUAGAGAAGACACUACUGUGGUCAAGAAUAGACGAGGAGCUAGAGGCGGUGGUCGCUAUGUGCAAGGAACGCGCGGAAUAUCUGCCUCCUCAGUACGAUUCCCCGGAUUACGAAGAUAUCGACGACGACGAACAUCUACCCAAGUACGAGGGUUCGGAAAUAAGCGAUCUCAAAGAAAAGCAUGCGUCGGUUCAGUCCUCGAUGAUGACGGGGAACGAGAAGAUGCGGCUCGAUUUCGAAGCGGUGACGAUGGCCAUCGACCGUCUGUAUCUGGUCGCACCGCAGCUUCACAGCCAACGUGUAGAGCUCAAGACCUCGAAGCUGGAGCAGAUGGAGAAGGCCAGAAAGCAAGGGAGCGCGGUUUCUCGGGGGAAACAGAAGGAGAACGACACUCGGGAUUUGGAGAACAUGUUUGAGCUUAUUGGGAGAGCUUCCGAGCGAACACUUAAAGAUCAAUCAGUUAUCCUUGAGGGUGGGAUGAAGAGUCGUCUAGAACGCGCUCGACAGCGAGAUGUCGCGAAGGUGCGUAUGGCUCCAGUCGACUUGGAUGAAGCUCAUCCUACGCAGCGUGAAGCAUUCGUUGAGCAUCUCGCAGACUACUCUGAUGCUGGCAGAUUUCAUCAGCAGGAUGCUGUCCUGAAUCCAAAUCCGUCUCGAAUGAAGAAUCCGGAAGCUAUGCUUAGCUUACCUGAGUUCAUUCGCGAGGCCAUACCGGACAGUGUGCGGCUUAACGAUCCCAAAGCCUUACUGAGUCUUCCCGAGUUUGUUCGAGAGAACCCCCCUCCACAUAUCAUGCAAGCGUCAGCUCCACCUGCCUCUGCCGUGCGCAAAAAGCCGAUCCGACACCGCAGUCUUUCGGCUCCUUCUCUCUCCUGGCUGCGGCCUUCCUCCUCCCGUUCUCAUCUGCGCUCGGAAAUCUCGAAUUCAAACUCGUCUCCGGGGAUUCCCGACAGUGAAGUCCAAUUUGCUGUUCAUUACGUCGCGGAGAACCACGAGAAUCUCCAGCGGAUCCUCGUUUUCCUUUGCGUUCAAGGGUUGGAGCCUGGAGCCGAUAUCGAGGCUGAGGUGCUGCCCGCUGGAGGCGAGACCGACUCAGGCGAUUACUUGGUGGUCAAGAGUGGACCGCAUGUUUCGCUGCCACUUAUUCUUCCUGGUCGGGUAAGUCCUGGCCGGAAGGAAGUCCGGGCGCAAGGUGGUCACUACGAAAUCAAACUGGCGACGAUCCCUGCUAGCACCAGCGACGUCAUCUCAGCCCCUCUGCUCGAUGCGAUGCAACUAGCUGCAGCGAAUCCGACGUCGUACAUCUGCUCUUCUUGCUCCUCUCCUCUGGUCCAGUCGUCGAAGGUCAACAUCUACAAAGAUCUGCCGUCAGAGCAUUGGGAAGAGUUGGUCGACGCCUGGAUGUGUCACGGGGACCAAAAGUUGAACGAGAAAGUUGUCAAACACGGCAAAACUGGUUUCUGGCCUGAGCAAGGUCAGGCUCUUGUCGGCGGCAGCUACAUUCUUUUCGACGAGUCUGCAAUCAACAAGAGCAACCUUCGGCUUGCGGAAUCGCCCAAGCGCGUGGAAGACUGGAAACUGGCUCGUUGCAUCUGUGGCGCUGUUGUUGGACGAUGCCAGGAACAUGGCAGCCAAGGUCACAACGUAUUCCGUAUGCUCAAAUAUGCAAUCCGACCCAUCAGUUCAUCCAUCGAACAGUCCCGGCUUCCUCUCUCUGCAUUUGUGGUUGAGGAUAUGUCGGAAUUUGUUGAAGCGCACGCUUCCUAUCGAUUCAUCGUGUUUGACGAGGAAGACGAGCGUCCUCGGAUCCUUAUGUGGUUAUUCAAGCCCAGCAUGCGACUUGCAUAUAGCACCCAGACGCUGUACUCAAUGCCGCGCAGCGCCUCUAUCCGAACUGCCAAAGUGCUCUUCAAGCUAUUGGGACCUUCGGAGGCGACCUUGGAUUUGAAGAGGCAGGUUCUUCUCGACACUUAUCCCGGUUUCCCGCAAGCCGAAUAUCUUUUCUAUCCGAUGGAUGUCUGCCACCGGUUGGCAGCUUUACUCAAGGAGAGCAACAGCUCCUAUCCGCAGAGCCUGCGUGUUAUGACAGGCCUAGAUGUCGGAUGGCUCCGGAGAGCCUGAACAAAACUAAUCGUAAAUGCCGGAUCAUGUAUUUACUGCAUGCGCCCUCUGUACUAAUUCAGUUAUGCGCCGUUA